AUGGCCCCCUCCCAAAAAAGUAGCAGCUCUGGAUCACUCCGAUCCUCCAAUGUACCUCGACGACCCAAAUCACCAGUCUCAAUGUAUCAGAUGGAAUAUAAUAUCGGCGCACCCAAGCCACCUCGACCUCUAGUGAGGAAGGAACCCAAAGUGGCAAAGUCAGAUCGUAAUUCCACCCUCGACAAUUAUUCUCCAUCCCUCUCGAUGAGUUCAUCUUUUGCGUCUUCCAGCUCAAGUUUUGCUACUAGCAGUACUAGUAGUACCAAGAGCAGACCAUCAUCCGCUAUAUCAUUCCUUCGGUUAUUUAGCAAGCGAAAAGCUUCCACAGCACCACCAACGAUCUUCGAGCCGCUCGGCACUCCAGUCCAGCCUUACUUUCGCUCACCCGAGUCCGAGGUUCUAGCCAAUACUACCCCGCUUGGCAAGCCAAUUCAGAGUGUGGAUGAACCCUCCUCUGUCAAACUGACAGAUCACAAUGAAAUUCUGGAAGUUUUACGCGAGACUCACCCGGGUCAUGUUUCCUCCCAGACGUAUUCACGUCGUGCCAGCCUCACACUGCCGCCGACUCAUUCACACAAUGGAGGACCAGAACAACUUCCGGUGCUGUCCCAUGGGACUGAGUACUCUCAUCUCCCACAUCGACCAAAUCGCAAUCCAAAGAGACCGAAGACAGCCCCAUCCUCCCAAUCUAAUAGACGCCCACUCCCGCAUAUCCCCAUGAAUAGAACCCCUUCCAUUGCUACGUUCAACCCAGAGGUAAUCUCUCCUUCGAAACAGACGACGGUUCCUGGACCAUCGCGGACCGAAAACCUCGACACGAGGAGGAUAGAAUCACCUUCUCUAUCCUUGACACGCUCAAAAUCCAUUUCUCACUCCAUGAUGAUGGUAGCACCACGACCGGAUUCUCCGUUCAUCGACUGCCAUGUUUCUGGUCCCAUGCAGUCUUAUUUUGCCACUGCUUUGGGAACGAAUCAACUGGGAGCUUCCUCCACUGCUGGGACAAACGAGAGACCUCAAGGAUGGACCGGAGAAUGGAAUAUCGACGAUAUGCAGGACGUCAUUCAGAAGCUGCGGGAGCUGAGAUGA